GACAAAGCCCCCGACACUGUCCCUUGGACACCACCUCCCUUACUAUUUUAUUCGUUUCGCUACUGCAAGGCCACCGGUUGUGCAGGCAGACGCCAAGAAGUACAUCGUCCAGGCGGUCGGCAACUUCUAUUAGAAGCCUCCAUCGCCAGCUUUAUUCGACUCGAGCGCGUCGCUCUCACCCUUAGCAUCGACGGCACUAUGUCUGGCUACGACGACCGCGAUUCUGGCUCCGAUGAUGAGCCAUUCAACCCCCAAGCCGAGAUUGACGAAGAUGACGUACCUGCGACCGGCGCACCUGCUCGCCGGCCAGCUGUCGCAGACGACGAUGAUGAGGAUGAUGCACCUCAGAGAGGCAACAACGACGAUGAAGAUGACGAGGAAGGCGGAGAGGAAAACGAUGAUGACGAAGACGACGACGACGACGACGAAGAGGAUGAGGACGACGUUGUGGCACGACCUGCAAAAAGGAGAAAGAAGGCCAAGCGCAAUAUGUUUAUUGAUGUCGAAGCCGAAGUCGACGAGGAGGAAGAAGAGGAAGACGAGGGCGACGACGAUAUCCAGGACGAAGUGCAUCCCGAUGAUCUUCUCGAGACCACAAAUGCCGACCUCGACGACCGCCACCACCGUGAGCUCGAUAUGCGCCGCGAAGUAAACGCACAGAUGGACGUUGAAGAGAUGGCAAAGAACUUCGACGAGAAGUGGCGUCGCAGGGCGAUGCAGACCGCUCGUCGAGGCGCAACCGGAGCCGUGCCCUUGGCCCUUCCAACCGUCAACGACCCUUCGAUCUGGAGUGUCAAGUGUCGACCUACAAAAGAGCGCGAAAUCAUUAUGGCUAUUCAAAGACGCAUCGACGAGAAAAUGCGCGCAAAACAGCCCGUUAAGGUUUAUUCGGCUUUUGAACGUGGCCCCAACGGACCACAGUCUGGAUAUCUGUAUGUGGAAGCCGAUGCAAAGCAGGAUAUGCUGGAAAUAAUCGAGGGCAUUUCGAACGUCUUCAUGAGCGGCGAGAUGCUUUCGAUCGACGUCAAAGAGCGCCCAGAUCUGCUCCGCAAGAAGAGGAGGCCUCCGCUUGAGGAAGGCAAAUUCGUGCGCAUGAUUCGGCCACCGACCUACAAGGGCGAUCUGGCCAAGGUUGUCGAGGUCUCUGUUAACGGCUUAGAUUGUAUUGUGCAGCUCGUUCCUCGCCUUGAUUACGGACUGAACGAAGACACCAACGCGGCCGCCGACAACAAGCGGAAACGCGGGUUUUUUGGACCAAAGGUUGAACGCCCUCCGCAGAAGCUAUUCAGUGAAGCCGACGCGAAGAAGAGACACAUGAAGCACCUCACAAUGGCGGGCUCCGGCGCACAAAGGCAAUACACAUACAAAGGUGAAGACUACGUUGGCGGCUUUUUAGUCAAGGAAGUCAAGGUCAAUUGGGUCUCCGCUGAACGAGUCAACCCUAAGAUGGAGGAGUUGCAGUACUUUUCGACACAGAAUGCAGACGGUACGGAAACGCUUGACCUCAUCGCUGUGCAGGCUGCACAAAAGGCUGCGGAGACCGGUGCUUCUUUUGCUUCAGGAGACAACGUCGAGAUCUACACUGGCGAACAGAGGGGUAUCCGCGGUAUCACUGUCACAGUUACUGGCGAAAUCGUCACACUACAAGUCACUGAGGGAGAUCUUAGGGGUCGUCAGAUCCAGGCACCUGUCCAGCAGCUGCGCAAGCUAUUCCGCGAAGGAGAUCAUGUUAAGGUCAUCGGCGGUAGCAAAUACGUCGAUGAGGUCGGUCUUGUCACCAAAAUCAGAGAUGAGAAGGUCACCUUGCUUUGCGACUCGACCCAGCAAGAAAUCACAGUCUUUAGCAAAGACUUGAAACGCGCUGCCGAUUCUGCGACCGUUGGCGCAGAUUCCAACUUCGACCUCUACGAUCUCGUACAAAUUGAUGCCUCAACCAUCGGUUGUGUAGUCCGAGUUGACCGCGAAGUUUUGAGGGUCUUAGAUCAACAGGGCGAUGUGCGCACACUCCUACAUACACAAGUCUCUCAGAUUGCUGGCAGGAACCGAAACGCCGUUGCUACCGACCGUGACGGAUCCGAAAUUCGACACGACGAUAACGUCAAGGAGUACGGUGGCGAGAACCGACAAGGCAAGGUUCUUUACAUCCACAGGGGCAUACUCUUCGUGCAGAAUCGAGAGUUGGUUGAGAAUCAGGGCAUCUUCGUCGUCCGCAGCACAAGUGUCCUUACCAUGGCCGCUAAAAGCGGACGAGCCCAGGCAACAGAUCUCAGCGGCAUAAAUCCAGCCCUAAAUGCUGGUGCAAAUGGCAACUCCGGGCCCAUGCCUCCUCCCCGAAGCUUCGGCCGCGACAAGCUCAUUGGAAAGACUGUCAUUAUUCGUAAGGGUGCCUACAAGGGAUUGCUCGGCAUCGUGAAAGACACUAUGAAUGACGAAGCGCGGAUCGAGUUACACACCAAGAACAAGCAAGUGUCUGUCAAGAAAGAGCUUUUGUCUAUCAAGGAUCCGAUCACUGGGGCCAGUAUGCCAGUCGGUGGUGGUAAAUUCCCGGAUCGCUCGCGCGGAGGGUUCUCGGGCUCCACGCCCAGCCACAACAGCGGACGCACACCAGCGUGGGGCAAUAGUGGUGGUCGAACGCCUGGCUGGGGCGGAGGCGCGGGUGGCCGCACACCAGGCUGGGGAGGUGGAGGUGGAGGUGCAGGCGGUCGCACUCCUGGCUGGGGUGGAGAUGGUGGACGCACAGCGUACGGCGGCGGUGAUGGAGGCCGUACAGCUUAUGGCGGUGCAACAGCAUAUGGCGGCGCAACCUCAUACGGAGGUGCGACAUCAUACGGUGGAGGUACAGCAUAUGGUGGGAAUGAUGGCAAUCGCACCGCAUACGGAGGCUUCAACUCUGGAGGCCGUACACCGGGCUGGGGCGGCUCUGGCGCUGGCAACGCAGCUUCCAAGUCCAAUCUGUCUGCGCCUACGCCUGGCGCUUACAACGCUCCUACACCAGGUGCAUAUGCGGCACCAACGCCCGGCGGGUACGGCGCCUACUCUGCGCCCACUCCUGGCGGGCCUAUGGACGCUCCUACUCCUGGAAAUUACUCUGCGCCCACCCCGGGAGACUCACGAUAUGGUAUUACCCCCGCAGCCGCGCCGACACCGGGUGCAUGGGAUAUAUCAACCCCAGCGCCUAGUGGCGAAGACCCAGGUUACCACUGAUCGUUUUGAAAUUGUAUAAUAGAAGUUGCAUACUCAAGGCUGUCGAGUAGCAAAGGCCGAAAGCUGGGUCGGAUACCACUGUGAACUAGUUAGGGCCCUCCCUGGUGUUUGCAUUACUGGAGUUUCAAAAAUGAGGUUUCAAUCGAAUAUCAUUAUCGCUGUUCUUAAAUUUCAUUUACAGGAAGCGCUUGCCCUUUGCAGCGAGUGCAUGCAGAAGCGACUGUCUGCAGCUCGUUAGCGCGGGUAACCUUGCCAGCGAUGACUUGUCAG